AUGUAUGAGUCUGCAGCAGAUUUUGAACGGAAGUGGGCCCCUACUUCAGAGGGAAUGCAAGGCGAAGAACUGUUGCGUCCGGCUAAGGUUGCUAGGCUUAAUGAGCCAUCGUCAUCCACCUAUCACCCGCAGAUGUCUGUUGAAGUAUUUGAGUCGGACAUCAGUGGAGUGGCAUUAGGCCAACCGGUUGACCCUUUAGAUGCAGAUGCGUGGGAGACGACUUAUCCGGAGCUCGGGUUUGACGAAGGCAAGCAGCAGCAACACUUACCGAAGCCGACUGAAGUCUCAUUGGUCGAACAGGGGCCAUCACCAUUUCCCGUAAGUUGGCCAUCUACCUAUGAAGCAAAGGCUAACGCUAGCCAUGUGGACUCGGUGCCUGUUGAGCCUGCAAUCAGCGAUGAAGACUUUCGAUGUCUUCAAGCCUGGCUGGAAGACCUUAUGCGGAAAGGGGGUCUACAAACCAUCGAGCCAGUUUCGGUAAACACUGUACAGACGAGCCCAGUGGUGGAGGAACAGUCAGCAGCUGCCGCCAAUGGUAGUCCUGUGCGUGCCUCCCGUGUGUUUGGAGGUGAAUCCACCAUUGGGAUCGCACACUCAGACAAAGAUCAGGGUGUCGCCGUUCUAGCAACCCAAAAGGAGCCAGUGAAAGCUCUUGAACAGCCGGCAACAAGCGUGGAUGUUGAUUUGAACAUUUCCCAUAAGUCAGCUUCUGCUACAGCUUUGGAAGCAAUCGGCAGUAGAGGCGAUGAACGCUGUGAUCCCGGGGACAUUCGCCUGCAUCCAUUUGUCCGGCUGCCAGUGGUAAAACAGGAGGAUGUCCGCAGAACCUUCCGUGUGGAAUAUGCAGUAUCACCUGAAUUUGGUAGGCCAAGCCCAAUGGAGUCAUUCAUGACGAUGCGCAAUUUAUUUGCGAAGGCUUCGCUGACGGCUGAAGAAGUGGACAGACUCUUGUUGGAAGCGGAAACACUGGCGAGUUAUGCAUUAGACAGGCUAUCGCGGCAUCACAAUAAACACACAGCUAAGUACAUUUUUGUAAAGCUUUCGUCUGUCUUUAUGGUAUUUGACUCCCUGAUAUGCACAAUUGAGGUUCUAGGGGAAAAGAUGAACGCCAGCAAGUGGUGGCCUCACUUUGUGCAGAACUUCAGCACGGAAUAUUACUUUACUGAAGUAGGGAAGACAGAACAACUAAACAGGUUGGUCAAUCGACUGAGUUCUGCGCUGGCAAUAUACAAGACAGGGAAUCGUCCUCCCCUUCAGGAGGUAAUUGACCUGAAGAGGACCAUAAUUACCGAGGCACACAAAGGUAGCCAAAUGUCUCACCCGUUGUGGAAACUUUGGCUACAGGAUGAUAAGGAGUUUUCUUGCCCUAGUUGUGGAACCGAAAGUCCUUCUGAUGUUUAA